CGCACGAGAAGGAUGCUAUCACCGGCACUGCAAGACUGUGAAUCAUGACAUUUCUUUCAUGGACCAGAUGAAUAAUUUAAUCGUUUUGACUAUUUAAUCACUGUACAUUUUGACAUGUUCCUGGCGGUCUGUGUGCUUUGUUGGGCUUGAAAUGAGAUCUUAACAAGUUUUGACUUCUUGAACUUACCAUGCAGGACAGUCUGAGCUCGAAAGUAGACGCUGCUCCCAGCGCUUCCCAGGUAGCGAUUCGCGCGUGUCGCAAGAGCGAGUGGCUACAGAGCGCUUUAGCCCACCAUUACGACCCGGAUCCCGGGGUGGAAAACGAGAUCGUGGUCCUCGCAACAGGCAUCGACCAGUACCUGCAGGAGAUAUUCCACCACCUGGCAUACCGCAACGGAUUCGAUCUCGUUACCGCUGAGGAUUUCACGCUACUGUGUCAAGUCCUGGGGCUUUUCGACUCCAGCGAUGGUGCGAAAGAGAAGGGAGACGCGGACGAAACUGCGGGGAUUUUGUCCGGGCUGCCCACCCAGCUGCACUUCAAAGACUUUCACGCGCGGCUCUGCGGGCACUUCAGCCUGCGCGUGCGAAACGGCAAGCCAAACGCGCGCCUCCCCGUGACCGAGGAGACGGAGCACAUCGAGCGCGAGAUCAGGCUCCGGUGGCCGCGGGCGCGUAAGAGAAAGAGCGUCAGCUUCGACCUGUCCAAAGACGCUCUGUCGGACACAAGGCGAAUGCCGAGACCUGCUUCCAUUCUGAAACUGGAAAAUCUCCACCACUGCGCCGGAGAGUUGGAGGAGAAGAGCCUGGCAGACUCCAGCCUACAGGGGGCAGCGCUACAGCAGGCAGAGAUGGAGAACGCGGGCCUCCGCGAGCUGGUGGAGGACCUGCGGGCGGCCCUGCAGGCCAGCGACGCCCGCUGCCUGGCGCUGGAGGUGACCCUGCGGCGGGAGAGGGGGGCGUGGCCUCGGGGGCGAGGGAGGGAGGAGCCUAGGGAGGCGAGGGCGGCGGAGCGGCCGGGGGCGGCGCCCGCGGCGGGAGUCCCCCGGGGCGCCAGGGACCUCCUGAGGGAGCUGGAGCUGAUUCGGGCGUCCCGCGACGGACAGCUGGAAGAGGCAAUGAGGUUCAACCAGCGGCUGGAGGCGGAGCUUGGGGCGGCCAAUGAGGAGAGCCGCAGGCUGGAGGGGGCGGUGCUGCGGCUGCAGAGGGAGAACGGGCAGAUGAAGAGGAAGGCGGAGGAGGCGCGGUCAGCGCUGUCCCGCGGGCUGGACCGGGUCCGGGAGAUCCAGGAGCAGGCCAGGCUGGUUCCCCAUCUGCAGGCUCGGGUUCGACAGCUGGAGGCUGACAGACAGAGGGACAGGAGCCAGUGCACCUGCAGAGCAAACAGAGAUGAGUGGGACGGCCCAGCACCCCUGACCCGUGAACCCCGUCACAUCCCCCUACGCCACUCACCCACAGGAAGAGACGAGCCCAGCAGCAAAGGAGUGGAGGAAGGCCUCCAGAGGGCGGUAGAGGGCCGGGCUGCCUCGGAUGAGGAAGAGGAGGAGAGGGGAAGCGAGGAAGGGCAGUGCUGUCUGGUGGAGGUGAAGAGGAUGCUGAACAGGCUACGCUGCUGUGCUAAAGGCUGCCAGAACACAGCCGCCCGUCACCUGCUCAUCUCACAGACCUGUUUCCAUGCCAACCCCCACGGUGGCAUCGCUGCGGCCGUGGAGCUCAGAGGGCGUGGCCACAAGGGUCACACCCAUCCGGAGGAGAGGGAGAGUGACCUGGACAAGUCCCUCAGUUCAGUGCAGUUCAGACAGGAGGAGGUGGAGAUGCUGCGGGUGGAGGUGCAGAUGGUGGAGACCGAGAGGGUCCGUCUGUCCCUGCUGGAGGAGAAGCUGACGGACGCACUGACGCUGCUGCUGCAGCUACGCGCCAAGGAUAUCUCUCGUAGAGCGUUGGGAAGCAUAUUAAUGGACACAUUGGACAUCAGCAGUAAAGCGGGUCAUGGCCCCUCCCACGCACUGCAGGUGGUCGACGCCCUCUGCCAGCGGCUGCUCACCUGUGAGCUCCUCGCGGAAGGGGCGGGGCCUCAGACCGGCUCCGGAGCCCAGCGUGGAGGAGCCAACCCCCUGCUCAUCUCCUGCUGACGACCUCCGACCCUCUGAGUCCUGCUGACGACCUCUGACCUUCUGAGUCCUGCUGAUGAACUUUGACCCUCUGAGUCCCCGCAGGGUGCGCCCCAAACGUCCCCUCACCCGGCCGGGGUCCCAGCAUCACAGCAAUGACCGUCCAACCUACACAGGACC